AAGUUGCCAGGCUCUAGUGUAAACUACCUGACACUUCAGUGCAUCGCGAACUUUUUUUCACACAAAAAACUCGCUUAUAUCCCUUCAAAAUAAAGAUCACUCAAAAUGUCUGCAGAGAAGAUUGGAAUUAAGGUGGUGGCGCGAUGCCGUCCUUUUACAGAGCCAGAACAGGGAAAAGGAGCAACAAGAAUAGUGAAAAUGACUGGUGACAAGACUACACUGCAGAAUCCUCAACAGGGAGGGGCUGGAAAGGAGAGUGUUUUCACCUUUGAUGCAAGUUAUUUCUGGGAUGUGCGAGCUAGUCAGAUCUACAAGGAGCAGGUUGAACCGCUGUUGAAGAAGGCACUAGAAGGCUAUAAUGUUACUCUCAUGGCAUUUGGACAAACUGGAAGCGGCAAAACCCACCUCAUGUCUGGAACUACUGAGGACCCUGGCGUUGUCUCUAUGUUGAAUCGCAGCCUCUUCAAGCACAUUAAUGAAGCUAGCAGUACAUCCUUUGUUACUAUUUCAUUUGUUGAGAUUAUGGAUGAGAACUUUUUAGAUCUACUCAACCCACACAGCAGCCCUAUGACAAUCAGGCAACAUCCACAAGUUGGAGUAUUUGUUGAUGGACUAUCUGAGCUUGUCUGCAAGAAUGGUGAGGAUAUUGCAAAGUAUUAUGAUCAAGGAACAAGAGCCAGAAAGAUGGGAUCAUCUGACGUCAAAGCACACAGAGAAAGGGCACACUCUAUUUUCACCAUAACUGUACAACAGAAGGAUGGUCAGCGUUGCAUCAGAGGCAAGAUAGCAAUUGUAGAUGUUGCAGGUUCCGAAGGUGUACACAAUAAAGACAAAAGUCUGAUGGCCCUGACUACUGUGAUCUCAGCACUGGGUGACCCCAAGAAGAAAGGAGGUCAUGUACCAUACAGAGAAUCAAGAAUCACUAGACUUCUUCAAGAUGCGAUUGGUGGGAAUUCCUUUACUCUGAUGUUUGGCUUGGCAUCGCCAGCUGAUUCUAACUACACAGAAACACUCACUACAUUUCAGUAUGCACAGUUCUGCAAGAAUAUCUCAAACUCCGUCAAGAAGAAUAUUGACGACAGUGAGCGUUUAAUGAAUGAGCUUCGUGAGGAGAUUUCACGUCUCAGAGAGAAGUUAGCAGGCAGUAAUUUGACUGAAGCUUCAAGCAAAGAUGAUGUAAUACGCAUGCAGGAAUUGAUCAAAGAUCUUCAGAUUGCUAAGAGUCAGACAUGGGAUGAGAAGGAGAGGAUGUCAGCUCAGCAUGAAGAGGACAGGAAACUCAACUUUGCUAAAAAGGGUAUUUUGCAGUGGGUCAUGGCAGACAGCCUGAAGAAGGGAAACAAAGAGGUGCAAGAGAAAUUCCUGGCAAUGCAGAAAGAAAAAGAUCAGCUCCAGCAAGAGUACAAAGAGAGACGGAAACUUGUAGACAACCUCAAGGAUGAACUACAACUCAAAAUCAUGGAAUAUACUAAGAUGGCUGAAAGUGGAAAAGCCACUGAGUCAGAAACUAAGUCUCGUGUGACAGCAAUUCAUGAACUGAAAGAACAAGUGAAGAAAGAAAGUGAGAAUCGGAAUGAAGUUAAGCGAGAGCUGAAGGAGAUGCUUGAUCGGCAGAAGAGAGAGAAAGAGGAUAUGAGAUGUCAACACUCUGAUCUUCAGACUAACUCUGAGCUGUGGCGUUUGGCCAAGGCAGAGGAGAGGAAACGAAAAGAGGUAGAGAAUGUACACAUGUUGGAGGAGGAACUGGAAAGGAUGCGGAUGGAGGUGGACCAUCAGAAGGCAGAAAUACAGUUGAAGGCUGCCGAGGGCUACACCUACAGUAAAGAGGAAUCCAUUGAACUUGAGACAGAGUUGGUUAAGGAAAGAGAAGAACGGCGUGUUGUAACAAUGCAACUACAAGCACUAGAUGAAGAAAAGGGUCUUUUAGGUCAGGAGCUCAGUGAGGCUUAUAUCAAACACAGAGAGGAAAUGGAGAUACAACAGUUACAGAACUUCCAGACUUUCCGCAACUAUCGUGAGGUGUUUGAGGAACAGAAAGCAGCCCUUGAGCAACGUUAUCGUAGUCUGUUGGAAGAUGCCAUACAAGAUGCUGUGUUUCUCUCAAGCCGUAACUCAGAGCUUGAGCAGGAAAAUCAGGCUCUUAAGCAUGAGAAUGCUGAAUGCAAGGACAAGAUCUCUAUGAUGGGUGGAAGAAGUCGCCCAAGUUCAGCUGCAUCUGCGAUCCGUCCCUAGAUGCAUGGCACUGAUCCAGUCGUUUUGUGUUUAUGGGAGGGAACACUUUUGGUAAUUCCUCCAACAAAAUAAUGAGCAUAAAAAUUUACUUGGUUAAAAGAGCUCCGGAGAGCUGUUGAUAUCAUAAAAUAUUAUUAGAAAUUACACCCUUUGAAUUUGAAGUAUUGUAGUUUUAGAGAAAGAGGUAAUUUCUCAACAAAAAAUUUGAAUCUGAGAAAGGCUUCGGGGAUGAAACCUUUCACAGGUAUAUGAAAGCACACAAAUCUAUGCAACAAGGGUGUUUUUCUUCCACUAUGCUCUCGCAAUUUCAAUGGCCAAAUUUUCACCGACUUUUAUUUUAUGCAUUGUAGGGAUACACCAAGAGAGGGUACUGGUUUUUGACAACUGCCAAAUAUAUACACUACAAAUGCUUUGAUAGCGACUACAGACUGGUACAGUCUUUGAAGAGCCAAAACUGAUUCCUACCGAAAUAUUUCAACAUGUACAUUAAUUAGCUAGUUUAUAUUCCAAAGAUUAAAUAGGAGGUCCAUAGUAUGUACUCAAAUGAUUGUUUACCAACACAACUAUAUGUGAUGCCAUCAAGCUAGAUGAGUCAACUAUUUUUAUAUUCAAACAAUGAACAAAUACAUGUAGCAUAAUGAAUUGUAAGUAAAAUCCGUCCCAUAACUUUGAAAUGCUAAGAUGUGUCCGUCCACAUUUAUUUUUAUACAAACAAAAUUCUUCAUUUCAAAUAUUACUCAUUUUGUAAUUUAAGUUAAAAAAUAAUUUAUGUGUACUGUAAUAGAUGUGUAGAUAUUUACUCAGAUGAAAUAUUUGUAAGAGUUGUAAAAUAAUUGUAUUGUGAGAAGACCAAUUACCUGUUUAAACUUUUUUAUCGUUUGUAUGUAUUGCUUUUCUGUAUUGUCUUCCUAUCAAAUUAUGCUGUGCUUUGAGAACAAUCUGGAAGUUUUAAAGGCACUGGACACUAUGGAUAAUUACUCCCUAAAAAAUGUUAGCAUAAAACUUACUUUGUAACAAGCA